ACUGCAACAUCAACCUAAACUUGAAGUAGAACAGACACCACCAACAGGAAGCGGUGGUUUUCAGAGAGAAGAAAACGAGAUAUGUUUGCGUUUACAGCUCGCGCCUCCACCGCCUUAACCCAACCCGCCGCGUCAGCCUUCGCCGCAGACACUGCGCACGCUCGCGUACCGUGCGCUGCUCUUCACGGAACUGACUCUACCUCUCCCUGCUCGCUACCGUCCUCGAUUGGGUGCGCUCGGAAUUCCUCGUGCUCGCUUCGCUUGAGCUGUGGCCCAAUCAAAGCCAUGUCUGAGACUGAUACUCUAUCGGUGCCACACAUUGUUUCUCAGUCCUCCGCUUCUGGCAACAAGCAAGCACUAAUAUCGUUGUCAGACAAGAAGGAGCUCGCUUUUCUUGGAAAUGGGCUUUCUGAUCUGGGCUACACAAUUGUUUCAACUGGAGGGACGGCGUCAGCUUUGGAAAGUGCCGGGGUGUCUGUUACUAAAGUGGAACAGCUUACCUGUUUUCCGGAAAUGCUCGAUGGCCGUGUAAAAACUCUACAUCCUAACAUACAUGGUGGUAUUCUAGCUAGAAGAGACCAAAAGCAUCACAUGGAAGCCCUCAAUAAACAUGGAAUUGGUACAUUUGAUGUUGUUGUAGUGAAUUUGUAUCCCUUCUAUGAUAAAGUUACUUCAGCUGGAGGAAUUGAGUUUGAGGAUGGAAUUGAAAAUAUAGAUAUUGGUGGUCCUUCAAUGAUCAGAGCUGCUGCAAAGAAUCAUAAGGACGUCUUGGUGGUUGUAGAUCCACAAGAUUAUCCUGUGCUCAUAGAAUUUCUAAAAGGAGAGGGGGAUGAUCAGCAGUUCCGUAGAAGGCUUGCUUGGAAGGCAUUUCAACAUGUUGCUUCUUAUGAUUCUGCAGUUUCUGAGUGGCUUUGGAAGCAAACUGCAGGGGGUUCGACUUCUUUUUCUGCUUUUGAUAAAUUCCCUCCCAGCUUAACAGUGCCUCUAGAGUGCAAAAGUACUCUUCGCUAUGGUGAAAAUCCUCAUCAAAACAGUGCAUUUUAUGUUGAUAAGAGACUGGCAGAGGUUAAUGCUGGUGGUAUUGCAACAGCUAUUCAACACCAUGGGAAGGCAAUGUCUUACAAUAACUAUUUAGAUGCUGAUGCAGCUUGGAAUUGUGUAUCGGAGUUUAGAAACCCUACCUGUGUAAUUGUGAAGCAUACAAAUCCUUGUGGUGUAGCUUCACGUGAUGAUAUCCUUGAAGCAUACAGGCUUGCUGUUAAAGCAGAUCCAGUGAGUGCAUUUGGCGGUAUUGUAGCCUUCAAUGUGGAAAUUGAUGAGGCUCUUGCUAAGGAAAUUCGAGAGUUUAGGAGCCCCACAGAUGGUGAGACUCGGAUGUUUUAUGAGAUUGUGGUUGCACCCAAGUAUACAAAGAAAGGCCUUGAGAUCCUUCGUGGAAAAUCUAAGACUCUAAGGAUCCUUGAAGCAAGCAAAAAUGAGAAAGGAAAGCUUUCACUCAGACAAGUUGGUGGUGGGUGGUUAGCCCAGGAUUCAGAUGACUUGACCCCCCAGGAUAUUCAAUUUAAGGUUGUUUCUAAGAAGGCUCCCCAAGAAAGUGAGCUUCAUGAUGCAGAGUUUGCAUGGUUAUGUGUCAAGCAUGUCAAAAGUAAUGCCAUUGUUAUAGCAAAGAAUAACUGUAUGUUGGGCAUGGGAAGCGGCCAACCAAACCGUUUAGAGAGUUUGAGGAUAGCACUGAAGAAAGCAGGAGAUGAGGUCAAAGGGGCAGCUUUGGCUAGUGACGCCUUCUUUCCAUUUGCCUGGAAAGAUGCGGUGGAAGAAGCAUGUGAGAACGGGGUUAGUGUUAUUGCAGAGCCUGGCGGGAGCAUCAGAGACGGGGAUGCCGUAGACUGCUGUGAUAAGUACGGCGUUUCACUGCUCUUCACCAAUGUCAGGCACUUCAGGCAUUGAUGAUUAUCUCAGUGCCAUUUCUCUUUUCCUUUGGUUUCAUCUCAUCACCAUGAUUUGGAAGUUCUGGUUAUCUUAUGGGGAAGUCCCAUUUGGUUAAUGUAUAACCAAGUCAUAAUAUUGUGUAAUCUAUAUUAGCUGUAUUUGACCUCAUCAGUUUUGUGACUGAAAGUCUACAUGGUCCGGUACCUUUUUUGUUUUGUUAAUCUUGAUGAAAUGGGAAGAGUUCAAUUUAAAAUUC